AUGUCUUUACCCAACGACAUCUGCGAGUUGGAUGGAAGGCAGAAGACGUACCGCGCUCUGAUCAUCGCCUGCUUCAGCAUCACGGGCAUGUUCGUCACAACUCGCGGCUGGGUCCGCCUACGGCUGCAAGCCCAGUUUACCGUCGAUGACUACCUCCUCGUAGUCGCACUGGCCGCCUACGCGAUCCAAACCAGCUUCAGCAUCCUCGCAAUCGACUACGGCGGCAUCGGGCACCGCGCCACAUCCGAGCUGCCCCACGCCGCCUACAUCGCGGGCGUCAAGUGGAUCAUCCUCACGCAGAGCACCUACCCGCUCGUGCUCAUGUUCGCCAAGCUCAGCAUCGCGCUGCUGCAGCUGCGCAUCAUGGGGCUGUCGACGCCCUACGUGCUGCGCCGCACGCACUACGCGUCCAUGGUCCUCUGCGUGCUCGUCUCCGUCUUCGGCUUCUUCACCGCCUUCAUCCAGUGCGACCCCAGAAACACCCCGUACCCGGACCUGUCCGCCGGCGGCGCCGGCGGCAUCCUCAUCCCCGUCGUCACCUGCCGCUCGCCCUCGACCAUGCUCGUCGCCAACUACGUCUACGCGGCCCUCUCCAUCGUGCUGGACUGGUACUACGCCCUCGCCAUGGUGCCCGCCGUCUGGGCGCUGCAGAACGUCUCGCCCGUCGUGCGCCUGUCCGUCAUCCUCAUCCUCGGCACCGGCGUGCUGGCCUCGGUCGCCACCGUCGUGCGCCUCGUGUACCUCGUCGACGUCGCCGGCUCGCUCGACGUGCUGCCCGUCGUGCUGUGGUCGACCAUCGAGGUGUGCACCGGCACCAGCGCCGCCUGCAUGGCCACCUUCCGCCCGCUGCUGAAGCGCAUCGUCGCCCCGUUUUCGUCCAGGGCGACGUCUUCUGUGAGCAAGGAGAAGAGGUCGUCGAGAGCGAGCUCGGGCCAGACUGAUAGCAGUGGUGAAGGAAAGACCCACCCAGUCCAUUUUCCGGCCCUGGGUGCUGUCGUCUACUGGUACGCCAUCGCGCGAAGCAGGGCUUCGUCCCCCGUCUUUUCCGACGCCCUGGGAAUCGGUGCCUGCCGUUUCGACGUCGACAGCGACACGCCGACGAAGAGGCGCCGCCGUCCGGGUCAGAUGCGGACAGUCCGCAUCCUCCAGGUCGAGGACCGCCGGCAGCUCUUCCCCGCCCUUGGUGACGGGGACGUCGCCCGCGCAGCCCUCUCAGGCCCCGACGCCCGACUGCUCGUAGGCCUGUCGCUGCAGCUGCAGCGUCUCGUGCGUGACCCACUCCAGACGUGCGUACCGAGCCGUGCCCGACUCGCAGCGGCGCCGCCGCCGCCGCCUCAUCAGGACCCAGCUCGUCAGAGGUUCCAGUGUGUACGACAGGCAGACGACGACGGAUCCGAGCGCGAGGGUCGAGAAAAGGCCGAACACGGAAAAGUUGGAAUGCUCGGCGCUUGGGAUCAUCUGUAG